AUGCCGUCGCCCACGCAAGCCAAAUCCACCAUUAUUUCACGGGGUCCACUGGACCCGGCGGAAGCACGAUGGACAAGAUUGGUCAAGACUACAUACACUGAUCCGCUCGGAGUUGAGAGAACAUGGGAAUCGGGAGAGCGACAGACCCGCCCGGCCAAUUGCGAAAUCGAUGGUGUAGGCAUCGUUACCAUCCUCACCAAAUCCACUGGGCCUGAGCUGCUCCUGCAAAAGCAAUACAGGCCCCCUAUUGACAAGGUCGUUAUUGAGAUACCCGCUGGCCUCAUUGACGCUGGCGAGACUCCCGAGCAAUGCGCCGUCCGUGAGCUCAAAGAGGAGACCGGCUACGUCGGUGUGGCUGAGCAGACUAGCCCGAUCAUGUACAAUGAUCCUGGAUUUUGUAAUACUAAUCUCAAUAUGGUCCACGUGCGCGUUGAUAUGACGCUGCCUGAGAACCAAAAUCCGAAGCCGGAGCUCGAAGACAAUGAGUUCAUUGAAUGCUUUUCUGUUCCUAUGGUUUCCCUUUUCGCGGAGACACAAAGACUUGAGAAGGAGGGCUAUGCUAUUGAUGCUCGGGUUGGUACACUUGCUGAGGGUAUCGAGUUGGCGAAGAAGCUGAAGCUGUAA